AUGAGGCCUGUCGAUGAUACGUUUUACGCCAUCGGCGCUGAGCGCAAAGGCGAGAGUCAUAGGGUCUACGCUGUCAAACGCGUUUGCCAGAACAACGGCGUCUAUGACCUGCGGUUCGGGUCUCGAGGCAGCGGCGCCGGCGGAGGGGACGAUCUCAUGUUUCUCAGUCCCCGUGAGCCUCUCACUCGGGAGCAGACGAGGCAUUUGCGGAAGCUGGUUGGACGAGAGAUGGAGCUGAGCGAGGAUGCUUCUUUUGAUUGCGUCGUACGGUACAAGGAUUUCAUCGAAGAGUUCGGCGACAGAAAACAGGCGGUUCGUCAGAACACUACCCUGCCGUGUGCGCUUGUCAUGGAUAAGCUCCAGUUCGCGUGGAGAGGUCCCCUGACCAACGGUAUAUUACGAGGACUUGAAGAUACUGAUAUCGUCAACGUGGCCGUGGACAUGCUCUCCGCGCUGACAUACCUCCACGCCCUGGGCAUCGUCCACGGAGACGUCCGGCCGCAAAAUGUCGUUCCGUACGUGGACACCACUCAACACCGUGGAGACUGGUAUAGGCAGCAUAGAUACAGACUCUCCGGCCACGGGCUCGUGCCGGCCAUCUUUUCCAAGUGGGCGAAGUGUCCCGGCGAGACGUACACGGCGCCCGAGUUCGCGGGAAGGGGCCGGUACAAGCCAACGCGGGAGAGCGACGUAUGGAUGCUAGGGACGAUGUUGGAGGAGCUCCACGACUCCCGGUGUAAACGUAUCCCGCACUCCAUCAGUGCGUAUUCGGAGGUUCUGACGAGAGAGGUAGCCUGCGAGUUACCGGCCAUGCGGGUUUGGCACAACUGGCUCGAGGCGCUGGUGGCCAAGUUGCUGCAGGACAAGCCGGGAGAUCGGCCGCGAGCGGAGGACGCGUUGACGGGACUUCUUGAGGAGAAGUUCAGGGCUGCUGAGGGUGGUCAGGUGGGUGCUGAGAAGAGGCAGAUGAAGGAGGCUAUCAAGAAGGCUAAGGCGGAGAGGCUUUGA